AGCGGCGGGGACAGAAGCGGAACGAGUGCGGAGACCGGGGGGCUGCGGGAGAGCAGGCGCCCGGAGAGGACGGGCAAGCCCGUGAAGGAGCAGGCGGCGGAGCCGGGGAGGCUUAGAGGCCAGCGGGACCUCCGGGUGGAGGAUUGGCUUCUAAGAAAGACUCACGUUCCCUGAGGCCAAAGUCUGGAAAAAGAGGAGGAGGAUGGCAGAGAAGGAGCCGGGAAUGGCUGUUCCUCAGAUGACAAGACCCUAGGCACAGCAUGUAAAAACCGUACCAACUCACAUCUCCCUGUGUUGCAGCAUUAGAAGCCAAACCUGUGUUUUCCGGCUUCAAAGACAAGCCUCUUAAUCACGCUGCUACAUACAGAAAGUGGUUUAAACUUCCUGGACGUGAUGGUGCAACAAGGGAAUAUCGACAACCCUCCCAAGACUCCCCUGGUGCCGGGGUUCAAGUGCUCCGGGAUUGCUGAAGCUCUGGGGGACAGCAUGAGAGGAUAUGAGAUUGGGGACCGUGUCAUGGCAUUCGUCAAUUACGAUGCCUGGGAAGAGGUGGUCUGCACGCCAGUGGAAUUUGUCUACAAGAUCCCAGAUGUCAUGAGCUUCUCUGAGGCUGCUGCGUUCCCCAUGAACUUGGUCACAGCCUACAUGAUGCUCUUCGAAGUUGCCAGCCUCCGGGAGGGGACGUGCGUGCUCGUGCACUCGGCUGGUGGCGGUGUGGGCCGGGCUGUGGCUCAGCUGUGCUCCACUAUCCCCAACGUGACUAUCUUUGGAAUGGCUUCCACUUUCAGGCGUGAAGCCAUCAAAGACUCUGUGACCCACCUCUGUGACAGAAAUGCAGACUAUGUGCAAGAAGUGAAAAGGGUAGACCUUUGCCUGCCUUCCGAGCCCUCGGGCAGCCUGCAUCUCGCAGCUGCAGUGUGGAGGAUCCGGAAGGAGCCCAGUGCCGCUGGAGGUGGGAGCAUGUGCGAAGCAGUGAGAGGGGACAGUGAGAGGCGGCUGCUCUUCUGA